AACGAAAUUGGUAGGAAAUGCAUUUGACGCAGUUUGAAUUGGUAGAAUUUUUUUAACGAGUGGCAACUGGACGGAAGCAACUGUCAUUUCAUAACGGUUGCGAAACACCUGCCGGUUUUUUUGUUUACAAUAUUCAAACGGAAAGUUAUGAAUGAAAGUUAUUGUUCUGAUUAUAAAUUCAUGAUAAAUCGAACAGAUUAUUUCGUGUAGUGUGUGUAUGUAUUGAUGUUCUUGAUGUUUACUGCAGUUUCUCGGAUUUAUCAAGGUCACAAUGGACUCAAUAGACAAUAACCAGUUUGAAAUAAAACCAAUAAAAAGCAAAAGGAAGAUAGCAGCACCGUGUCCAAACGCGUACCUCAACCCGGCACUGGACAUCCUCGCCAACGAGGAUCCAAUGUGCAACACCGCUAUGGAAGUCAUUCCCAUCAAGAAACGGAAACGAACCAGGAGUUGCGGAGAUAUAGGCACAUUUGACAACUCUGCUCUAGACCUGGGUGUCAACAAAGCCAUUGUAAACAAAGUAUUAGCGAGAGAAAUUGAAAAUGUACGCAAAAACGUCCAGACUGAUGUUCCUAGUAAUGUUAGUAUGGAUGUUGAAAAUGUACGCAAGAACAUCCAAAGUGGUGUUGCUGAUGUCAGCAUGGAUGUCGAAAAUGUACGCAAGAACAUCCAGACUGACAUAACAGAUGUCAGCAUGGAUGUGAUUGAAACUGAACCAGUAUACGCUAAUUUGACUGAAAUACAACAAUCACAAAAACCUGUAGAUUCAUCUAUAACAAUUAUUGAUGAAACACAGAACAGUGUGACAUCCAAAAUGGAGAAUAAUGAUGUAAUGGAAGUUACAAUACCGAAUGACGAUAUAGAUUCAGGCAUAUCAGUUUUGGAACAGAAAUCUUUAAGCACGGUGAUAAAAGAAGACACUACUAUGCCGUCUCCUAUAACAAACAUACAAACAAAUGUGACAAACCAAGUUUUUAUAAACAAUUCAAGUAAUUUAAACCUCAGCUUCAUAGAUAGACUAGGAUUGGACUCACCGAACCUUUCAAACCAGUCUUUGUUCUACGAUGAUGAUCUGAAUGAGAGCAACAUAAUGGAGAUUAAAACUAUCACGAUUAUAACGAAGAAGAAACGAAUCAACACUAAGAAUACAAAUCCUUUCUUAGACCCGAACUUAGUUAAUGUUGUUCCUAGUAUAGAAGGGAGACAGAAUCCAUUUUUGAAUCUAGAUGCUAAACCAGAGCUGGAGUAUAAUGAAGAAGUCCUAACUAGACCUGUAGAAGUACCUACUCAAGCAGAGAAAGUUCUGGAACCUCGAAGAUUGUUUGGAGACACAAACAGCACUAUAUCAACAGUAAACGAAUCUCUUGAAGGCCAACACGAAUAUGAGAAUAUUGAUAAUUACAGAUCUGAUAGUCCUGUGUACGAAAAUAUUGAAGAAGUCAAUGAAUUUAAUAAACAAAGCCGAAUUCUAGGACAUGAUGUCUCUCAAUUCAGUGCUAUUGACAUCAUAAAUAUAAAUAAAAACUCCCACCAAGAUGUUUCAAAUGAUUCUAAUGAGAGCAAGAAAUCUAAGAAUCCACUCUUGAGAGUCGGUAACAGAUUGUCCAAAAGGGUCUUUAAAACAUUGAGAAAAACAUUCAAAGGAGAUAAACCAGAUAAUAACAUCACAUUAAACCCAUACGAAGUGCCACGGAAACCGCCUAAACAGAAGACAGAGACAAAAGACUCGGGUAUAGAAAACCCAGCGUUAAAUCUGGAUAAUUCAGACGAGAUAGAGAUUGAAGAAUUAGAUGAACAUGAAUAUGAGACAGUGAAAACUUUAAGAAAUACACAUUUAAACAUGAAUAUCACUCCUUUGAAAGAACGAAGUGAUAAUUCCGAUAUUUCUCACAAUAGAACUAAUACUCCGGGAAAGAAAGUGAGAUUUGAUUCAACGCUCAAUCAAGAGAAAGUUAUUACAGGCAACAGUUUCGACUAUGAUAUUCAGAGUCCAGGUUUUGAUGCUAAAAUAGAUAAAUAUCAUGAUGAACUAGAAAACUGUAUAAAUGAGAGGAAAUAUUUGCAACAGAAUAUGUGAAAAUAUUACACCCACAAGGUGGACAGACCUGAUUAAGGAGCCGCUGGAUGCAGGUCGCUUCUAACCAGC